AUGUUGUUAGACACUGAACUGGGGGCUGAUAUUUAUAGAUUCCUUAGGUCACUUUCACUGCUAGAUCGAAGUCCUUUAUUAGCUGAUAAAGAAUUUGUAUGGUCUUUGUGGAAACGUCUCCAGGUGACAAACCCAGAUAUCACACAAACAGUCAGUUUGAUUGUAGAAAGAGAAAAAAAGAACUCUGAAGCUAAAGACAGAAAAGUUUUAGAAAUUCUGCAAGUCAAGGAUGCUAAAAUACAAGAAUUGGAACAGAGAGAAUCAGCACUAAAACAGGACAUAAAUGACCUUGUAAAGCGGAAGAUUGCAGUAGAUGAAGAAAAUGCUUUCUUAAGGAGAGAAUUCAGUGACUUGCAGAAGAAAUUUAAAGAUAAAAGGCAAGAAGUUAAGGACAGUAAAGAGUGUAUACAGAAUAAGGAAGAACAAAACAGACUGGUUAUAAAAGACCUGGAAGAGGAAAAUGAGAAAUUAAGUACCCGCUGUGUUGACCUGCUAAAUGACCUGGAGAGACUGAGGAAGCAGGAAGCUCAUUGGAAAAAAGAAAAAUAUAGCAUUGAUGCAAAAAUAAAGGCCUUUGAAGACAAUUUAAUGGAAGCAAGGAAAGAAAUUGAAGUUUCACAGAGUAAAUACAAUGCUCUCUCAUUACAGUUGACUAAUAAACAGACUGAACUUAUCCAGAAGGAUAUGGAUAUUACCCUGGUCAGGAAGGAGCUGCAGGAACUGCAGAAUCUUUACAAACAGAACAGUGCACAUACAGCACAGCAAGCAGAGCUGAUCCAACAGCUUCAGGUUCUGAAUAUGGACACACAAAAAGUACUGAGAAAUCAGGAAGAUGUUCAUACAGCGGAAAGUAUAUCAUAUCAAAAACUUUACAAUGAGUUACAUAUUUGUUUUGAAACCACAAAAUCAAGUGAAGCUAUGCUCCGGCAAAGUGUUGUUAGCCUUCAGAAUCAGCUAUUUCAAAAAGAGCAAGAAAAUGCUAAGUUAAAAGAAAAGCUUCAAGAAUCAACAGGAGCACCUUAUUCUUUACCUCAAGAAAGCGAUUCAGAUCACUCAGAACAGGUAUUUCAACGGCCAUCUUUAUCGAGUUUGGAAACCUUAAUGGUGUCACAGAAGUCUGAAAUUGAGUAUUUACAGGAGAGACUGAAAAUAGCAAAUGAAAAACUGUCAGAGAAUAGAUUGAUCAACCAGGGUUCCUCAGAAAAGAGCAUCUGGACAAGUGUUGAAGGGAAACAAAAGGAACCACCUGUGAAACGUUCAAGGUCUUUGUCCCCAAAGAGCUCUUUCACAGACUCAGAGGAGCUAAAGAAGCUGAGAAAAGCUGAAAGAAAGAUUGAAAACUUAGAGAAGGCACUACAACUAAAGAGCCAAGAAAAUGAUGAGCUAAGAGAUGCCCAUGAAAAACGCAAGGAAAGGCUACAGAUGUUACAGACCAACUACAGGGCAGUAAAAGAGCAAUUAAAACAGUGGGAAGAAGGCAGUGGCAAUCCUAUUUUUAAAAUAAAGAGAGCAGAUCCCCAACAACUUCGACAAGAAGAUUCCGAUGCUGUAUGGAAUGAACUGGCCUAUUUCAAAAGGGAAAACCAGGAGCUAAUGAUUCAAAAGAUGAAUCUUCAGGAAGAAUUGGAUAAACUUAAAGUGCAUAUGUCUAUUGACAAAGCAACAAUACAAGAACUGAAUACAUGGAUAGCAGAGAAAAAAGAAGAACAACUCUUUAGACAUGGUGAAGAUGAUGGGGUCAAGAAGAGUACUCCAGAGAAGAAUGGGAAAGAAAUGUCGGAGCAGACAUUACAGAAGGUCAUUGAGUUGGAAAAUCGGCUAAAAUCUUUUGAGAAAAGGUCGAGAAAAUUAAAAGAAGGGAAUAAAAAAUUAAUAAAAGAAAAUGAUUUCCUGAAAUCCCUCUUAAAACAGCAGCAAGAAGAGGCAGAGACCAGAGAAAAAGAGCUAGAACAACUACAAAAAGGGAGUAAAGAUGUAGUAAAAAACAAAGCUGAACUUCAAGUAAAAAUCAGUGAGCUAGAAAGAGAAGUCACUUCCCUAAGGAGACAAGUGGCAGAAACUAAUGUGUUAAAAAGUAAAAAUGAAGAGCCGAUUAAUUCAAUGGAGAAAUUGCAGCACUCAGUAGACAAAGCUAAAUCUGAGAUGGACACCACAGAAGUAAGAUCUGGGCAAUAUGAUUGUAAAACAACCACUACCAAGGUGAAAUUUAAAGCCGCCAAGAAAAAGUGCUCUGUGGGUCGUUACCACACUGUUCUCAAUCACUCCAUCAAGGUUAUGAGCAAUGUGUUUGAGAACCUCAGCAAGGACAAGGACUGGGAGGAUGUGAGUGAAAGCAGCAGUGAUUCUGAAAUACAGACCUCUCAAAAUUUAGGAACAGUUAUUAUAGAAACAUCCCAGAAAAUAAGUCCUAUAGAAGAUGGAAGAGACCAGAAAGAAAGUGAUCAAAUAGAAGACAGCCACAUGCAAGGAAAAAGAAUAGUACAAACAUAUUCAAAUACAGAUGUCAAGACCCCAAAGGAUUAUUUUCAUUACAAGAAUGCCAAAAGGCCAACUUUUCAAAAGAAGAAUGGUAAUAUUCAAAAGAGUUCACAUACAACAGGUCCUACCAGAGUUUACAGAGAAAAAUUAAAAAGUAUAUCUGCCCAGAAAUCAAGUAGCAAUGUUAUUUUAUUACGAGAAAGAAUUAUAUCCUUGCAGCAACAAAACAGUGUACUUCAGAAUGCCAAAAAAACAGCAGAAUUGUCUAUUAAAGAAUAUAAAGAAGUCAAUGAAAAGCUCCUUCACCAGCAGCAAGUAUCUGAUCAACGAUUUCAGACAAGCAGACAGACAAUAAAGAAGCUAAAUUUGGAUUUGGCUGAUCUUCGGAAAGAAAAAGAAGACUUAUUAAAGAAAUUGGAGUCCUCAUCUGAAAUCACAAGUUUGGGAGAAGUUUCCCAGGUAACAAUUCCACGGAUACAAGUUACAUCACUUGGUCCUUCAAGAAGCAUGGAUUUGGAAAUGAAGCAAUUACAGUGCAAACUAAAGGUGUACUUCUUAGAUAUAUGUGGUUCAUUUAGUAAUUGGAAUGCUCAUGUGCAUUUUAGUUUACCCAUAUUAGACAUGUUUCUCCAAGGUACCCAACUUCAUAUCGAGAAUGCAACUAAUGAACUCACUAAGCAAUCAUCAAGCAUGAAGUCUCUGAAAUUUGAACUCCUAGCAAAAGAAGAACACAUAAAGGAAAUGCAUGAAAAGUUGUCUCGAAUGGAAAGGGAUAUAACCAUGAAAAGACAUUUGAUAGAGGACUUGAAAUUUCGACAGAAAGUAAAUUUGGAAAGUAAUGAGAGCAUUAAUGAAAUGUUAGAAAAUCUUGAAAAAAAGGUAAAGACAUUGACUGAAGAGUGUUCCAACAAGAAGAUAUCAAUUGAUUCACUAAAGCAAAGACUUAGUGUCGCUGUUAAAGAGAAGUCACAGUAUGAAGAGAUGUAUCAGAAAACUAAAGAGGAAUUAGAAAAAAAGGAUCUCAAGCUUUCUCUCCUAGUAUCAAAAAUAAAUGAGACUGAAUCUGCAAUGGCAGAAAUUGAAACAGCAGCUUCUAAGCAGCUUCAAGGAUUAGCAUUGCAAAGUGAGCAGGCCCUGGAAGGUGCACAGAAGAAACUGCAGAUAACCAGUGAGAAAGUGGAAGAGUUCACCUUAUUUGUGAAGGCUUUGGUCAAAGAGUUACAAGUUGAUGUCCAUACAAUAAGGCGACAAAUCAGAGAGCUUAAAAGAAUGCAGAGAAAGAAGGAUGCUCAUAAAACCUCAACUCAUAAAGCCCAGACCUUGGCAGCUUCUAUCCUCAACAUUUCACCAUCAGAUCUAGAGGAAAUAUUGGACACAGAAGAUGAAGUGGAACUCAAAAGGACAAAGAUAGAUGCUGAAAAUGACAGGGAGUGGAUGUUGUAUAUUCAGAAACUUCUUGAAGGACAGCUUCCCUUUGCCUCAUAUUUACUAGAAGCAAUACUGGAGAAAAUAAAUGAAAAAAAGAAACUGGUUGAAGUGUAUUUCACAAUUAUGAAAGAUAUUAGAUGAUAUUACAAUGAAGAACUUUGUUUUCAAAUGUGAAAACUUUUUAUGUGGUGUGAUUAGAAAACAUGCAUUGCAAUCCUGAUACAGUAUAUACUCUGACUGUCAAUAUUCAGGUUCAAUACCAAAAUAGAAGUCUCCAAAACUAAUUAAUUGCUGAACACACGAGUGAAACUAAUUAAGUGCAUAGCCAUUUAAAAGGAAAUGGUGUAGCAUUUGAUUGUUGAAUACAAAUAUUGCCACAAAUCAAUGAAGACUUAAAAAUGAUUUUCCCUUCAUUGUAUUAGAAGAAAUCAGAACCAGCUUGGCACACUCACAUUGGGCUGAACAUAAAAACAAAAAGAUGUAAACAGAGGAUUUAAUAUGUUAAGGUUUAUAAAGAAACGAGACUUUUUAUAUAAAACUGCUAUAAGUGGCCUUAAAUCAUCUAGUGAGCAAAACAUUUGUAUUGUAAGCAAAUAUAAAAUGAAGCAGCAUAACCUAAGGAUGAGCAUUUAGUGAAAUAACUUGUGUGGUCCAACUAUAUUUGUUCUCAAUAUUCUGGAUCAUAUAGGAGAUACUGUAUUUUCUUAGAACUAUUUGGCAAAAAUAAAAGUAUUUUCUCCUUUUCUCUCUCUCUUUUUAAAUAUCAUAUUCUUGGUGUGGUCAUAUAAAUUAGCAAGGGACCACAAACCCAGUGUAUAAAAUUAGGCUAGAUCCUACUGUAGUCAACUAGAGUUAAAUUCUUAACAAUGGUGCCAUCCAUGUUUGAUUCCUUUAAUCCACCAAACUUGUACCUGCCUCCAGUUUCUACCCUUGCUAUUCUCUUUCUAGAAUACUCUGUACUCAACUUUUCUCAUGACUGGCUCCUUCUCUUCCUUCAGGUGCAGGUUCAUCUUAUGUAUUCCUUCAGAGACACAUUCCCUGACCACCUUACACUUUAAUUUCAUUUAUAACACAAAACUGUCUACUUUAUGUGCUCACUUAUUUUGUUAUUGUUUCCCCCCACCUUUAGAAUAGGACCCAUGAGGUUAGGCUGAGGUUGGCAAAUCUGGCUUGCCACCUGUUUUUGUGUGGCCUACCAGCUAAAAUGAUUUUUACGUUAUCAAAUGUUUUUUUUAAAGGAGAAUAAUGUUUUGUAGCAUGUGAAAGUUAUAUGAAAUUCAGAUUUUAGUGUCCAUCAAUAAAGUUUUAUUGGAACACA